AUGCGCGCCGCCGAAAUCGCCAGCGGCGCCCUCCGCCGCAGCAAGGCCAAGGCGGCCCGCGCGCCCCCCGCCCCCGCCGCCGCCAAGAAGCCCGCCUCCCCCGGCGGCGCCAACGGCGCCGGCGGCGACGCGGGCGCGGCGGCGCCGCACGACAGCUCGGAGGUAACCGCGGCGGCUGCCCUGGCCGCCGCGGCGGCCGCCGCGCCGGACUCCUUCUCAGGCGGCGGCGCUCGCAUCUUGGAGGGCCUCGCCGCGUCGGGGCUGCGGUCAAUCAGGUAUGCGCUCGAGCUGGACGGCGUCGCGCGCGUCGACGCGAACGAUCUUGACCCUGCUGUCGUCGAGACGAUGCGGUCAAACAUUGAAUUCAACGGCGGCGCGGCGGAGGCCAAGGUGCAGACGUUCAAUGACGACGCGCGGCUCAUCAUGCUCAAGAGCCACCAGGUGUAUGACGCCAUCGACCUGGACCCCUACGGCACCCCCGCCCACCUGCUGGACAGCGCGGUGCAGGCCGUCAGCGAGGGGGGGCUGCUCAUGGUGACAGCCACAGACAUGGCCGUCCUCUGCGGCAACAGCGGCGAGCGGGCGCGCCCCCCCUCCUCAUUGGCCGCCUCAACCUGGGCCCACGCGGCGGCCGCGCCGCACGGCUGCGGGGCGCCGGCCGGGUCCACGGGCGCGGCAGCUGAAUUCCGUGUGCCUCGGUCGGCGGCGAGGGCGCGGCUGCACGGGGUGCCGCGACGCUGGGUGUGCUGGACCAAGUACGGCAGCUACCCCAUCCACCGGCCGUACUGCCACGAGAGCGCGGUACGCAUCCUGCUGGCCUGCAUCGAGCAGCAUGCCAACAGGUACAAGCGGUACAUCACCCCCAUCCUCUCCCUCAGCAUCGACUUUUACGUCCGCGUGUUUGUCAGGAUCCACACCUCCGCGGGCACCGUCAAGCGCAGCGCCUCAAAGCUGGCUUACGUCUACCAGAGCCAGGGCUGCGACAGCUGGGUGCUGCAGCGAGUCGGGGAGGUGGACACCCGCGGCGGGGGCGUGAAGUACACGCCCGCCCACGGGCCCGCGGUGCCGCAGCAGUGCCCCGAGACGGGGGCGCGGUACCUCAUGGGCGGGCCCCUGUGGGCGGAACCCAUCCACGACCAGGCCUUUGUGUCGGGGCUUAUCGCCAAGAUGGACGCUGAGAAGGACCAUUAUGCCCAGCACGCGCGCAUCAAGGGGCUGCUCACCAGCGUCACAGAGGAGCUGCCCGACGUCCCCCUGUACUACAGCCUGCACGACGUCUGCAAGACAGUGCACUGCACCGCGCCCAAGGCCCAGAUCUUCAGAUCAGCCAUCAUCAACGCGGGGUGA